AAUAACGAGAACAACAAAAUAAUUCAAGACCCUUUAGCUUAUUGUCAAAGUCAUAUAGAGAAUGAUUGGCAAAUAUUGACACGCUUGUUUGAUUGCGAUGAUGAAACAUUGUCAUUGGUACUGCAUUCAAUUUUAUAUUCUAUAUCCGAAAAUCCAAAUGAAGCAAUAAUAAGAUUAGACACAGUUGAAAAGCGACGAGCCUGGGAAAAUGAAUUUGCUCAACGUUACAUAAACUCAAAAGUUGUAAAUGCUCACCAUACCGCAACAGAUUUUCAAAAAAUAAUUAAAAAUAAUGAACGCACACUCGAAAGUGAGAUUAGUGAAACCUUGGACGUUGACGAAACAUAUCAACUUAAUUUUCGUCCACGAAUUUGGCGACGGAUUGGUAAAGCAAGUUUCGAAAAUUUACAAACAUAUUGUGUAGGGUAUCCGAACUUUGCCACUGAAUUUCCAUUUCUAUCAUUGUUCUUUGAAUAUCAAGAACAAUUGGCAUUGAUAAAAAAUCUAGUACCAAUUGUAAAAUUCUCAAAGAUAUUUUCUUCAAUGCUAUGUUAUAAAUUGAAAAGGAAUGAUGCGCGCAGUCUUACGUUUGAACAAUUUCUUAGAAACAAUGAAUCACCAGAAAAUCUUUAUGAAGUUUUUAAAAAUUUUGCCGAAGCAUGGAAUUCUGUAAGGGAACAUGUCGUACAAUUUGAAAAUCAUGAGUUUACAACUCAGAUGCCAGAAAUGAAAAGCAGCCUUCCUUUGGUUUAUGCAUUGUUUGAAAAAAGAGAUAAAUCAUUAUAUAUAUGUGGAGCAAUCGAACUUUUAGCAAAUUUACAAAAUGAAUUUUUGCAAAAGGUUUUAGCAAUUAAACCUGGUUGUUCUUCAUUGAGAUUUUUAGAAGGACAAUUUAUAAACAAUACACAACGUCAUGAGCCUCAUUACUAUAUAGAAUCAUUAGCACUGUCUGAUGCACGUUCUAAAAAUAUUAUAAAUUAUGAAUGGAAUCCUAAAUUACUUUCCUAUAGUCAAUGUAAUCUUGAGCUUGAAUCACUUUGGUUAGAUGUGUUUUCAUAUCAUCAAGAACUAUUUACAACAUCUCGAACAAUUUUGAGUGAAAUCAGAGAGUUAAUUCCUCAAGAACAAAUUCCACCAGAAAAACUUGGGUUUUCCACCACGGCCACUUAUAAUACUUCAUCCAGAUUUACUUUUGGCGAUCUAAAUGCCAUCGAUAUGGUUUCUACUUUUGAUAAUCCCACUGAACUAUUGUCAAAACUUGAAAUAUUACUUUGUUUUUUGAAACGAAUUUCAGGAGAUUGUGAAAUGGAAAUCAGCGAUUAUAUAAAUAAAUGGGAAAGAUUAUCAGCACUAAACGCAACUCCUCAAUUUCAAAAAAUAAUUAAUGGGUUAAGAUUAAAACAUACAGUAGCAUUAUAUGAAUUAUUUGAAGAAAUAGUUGCAGAUGUAGAAAUUGAAUAUCUAUCAGAUAAAUAUAAAGUAAAGCUGCAACAAAAUUUAAAAAAUGAAAUUAACGCGGGUGUUGAUUUUGAGCAAUCGCAUGGCACAGGUGGUAGUGAUAUAAAUAAACUUAAAAUUCCACAUAGAGCUUUUGCAAUAGUUUUGAAGAGAUUCAUGUUUCGAUAUUUAACAUCAGAAAUGUAUAAUUCUGAUGAGGUACUUGCAGAUUAUUUAGCUGGGGAUACCUUUAUUGAUUGUUGGCCAACUUGGGUACCUGAUGAUGUUAUUCGUGAUAAAUUUCCAAAGUCAUUAUUAGCUGCGAAUAUUUAUGAUGCAUAUCAAUAUACAAUUCGGCAAGAAAGAAAUAUUCUUUUACAAUAA